AUGGACAUUGAUCCCUAUGAGGAAAAGCACUACGCAACGUACUCGAUGUUGAGUGUUGCGCAGGAGUUGCUGCAAUUGGAGUCUGCCAGAUCGUUCAACAACCGCCUUUCUGCAACAGAGGCACGUGAUGGUCACGUAUCACACAACCACGUGAACUUGCACUAUGAACGGAUCAAGCUACCAACAUUCUCUGGCAAUUAUGAAGACUGGCAGCAUUUUUCGGAUAUGUUUCUUGGUUCUAUCGGCGGCGAUCCGCAUCUCACCAGUUGUCAGAAGUUUCACUAUCUGAAAUCUUCUUUGUCUGGCGAAGCGUUUUCUUUAAUUAAACACAUUGCCGUGACCAACGAUAACUAUAGUGAGGCUUGGGACAGGCUGGUCCAACGUUACAUUGGCAGUUUUCUAAAUCUCCCAACGGCAUCUGUACUCAACUCUGUCGCGAUUCAGAAGCUGGCUGACGGAGCCUAG